GCGCGAACCAUCGAGCGGAGCGGAGCGCUUUCGAUGGUGAUCCUGUUUCCCGAUCGGUGCUCGAUGGUACGAAGUGUCGUGGGAUAGAGGACCAAACAGCCGCGAGUUCGAGAGAUACCUAUCGUGCUCACGCAUGAUAUGACUCAGUCUCGUGAGGUUCUGGCAAUGAUGGACGCACAUACAACCACGUUCGGACGCAAAAGAGGCUGCACGAUUUCCCGAUGUGGCGCCUUCCUCUUGGGCGCAUUUUUUCUAAUCAGCUUGGUCGUCACCGGUUUGUUGGUGUACCACUUUGCACCUUGCCUCGAGGAGAAGCAAGUUCAGCCAUGCAGGGGCACCGAUGGCGACUCGCUCUUGCAGAGCGGCAGAAGUUUUUCGAUGGUGCCAACAAAAAAGAAAUUGGAUGUCAGAUUACCGAAGGCUGUCGCGCCUGAUUUGUACGAAUUAUGGCUGACACCCUUCAUAUGGGAGGGCAACUUCACCUUUAACGGCGAGGUCAAAAUUUUGAUAAAUGUAACAAAGGAUACGGAUAAUGUUACGUUGCACGCCGUCGACAUGAAGAUCGAUGAGGGCUUUACUAGUAUCAGGGAAUACUCGGCUAAGAGCAACAAGACCAAGAUAAUCGGGAUCGCGGAGCAGAGAAACGACACCGAGAGGCAAUUUCACGUGAUUAGAACAUCGAACACGUUGAGGAGAGGCAAGCAAUACGUCGUGCAUCUCAAGUUCAUUGGCCAUCUGAACGACUACCUGCAGGGUUUCUACAGGAGCUCGUAUACGGUCGGCAAUCAGACGAGAUGGAUUGCUACGACUCAGUUUCAACCGACAGACGCGCGCCGUGCUUUCCCAUGUUUCGACGAACCGGCUUUGAAAGCCAAGUUCCAGAUCAACAUAGCGCGUCCCAGGAACAUGACAUCUAUUUCGAAUAUGCCCAGAAAAGGGGCACCGAUGCCAGUGCCCGGUUUAGACACGUACCUGUGGGAUCAUUAUGAGCGCUCGGUGCCGAUGUCUACGUACUUGGUGGCCUUCAUAGUUUCCGACUUUGAUGUACAGAAAUCGGAAGAUGGUAACUUUAGAGUUUGGGCGCGCCACGAUGCCAUUAAUCAAUCACAAUAUAGCUUGGACAUUGGACCGAAAGUACUCAAAUUCUAUGAGGACUACUUCAAGAUCAAGUUUCCUUUGCCGAAAAUGGAUAUGGUCGCGUUACCUGACUUCUCCGCCGGUGCUAUGGAAAAUUGGGGAUUAAUUACAUAUAGGGAGACAGCGAUGCUGUAUCAAGAGGGCAUAUCGACCAGCGGUAGCAAGCAGCGGGUAGCCGUUGUGGUGUCUCACGAACUCGCGCAUCAGUGGUUUGGAAACUUAGUGACUCCAAGUUGGUGGACGGAUCUUUGGUUGAACGAGGGUUUCGCCAGUUAUAUGGAAUACAUCGGCAUGGAUGCGGUGGAACCGACGUGGAAAGCGUUGGAACAAUUUGUUGUUCACGAUCUUCAAAAUGUAUUCGGUUUGGACGCUUUGGAAUCUUCCCACCCCAUAUCCAUUGAGGUCGGUCACCCAGAUGAAAUCAGCGAAAUCUUUGACAAGAUUUCUUAUGGAAAAGGUGCUUCCAUAAUAAGAAUGAUGGAUCAUUUCCUCACAACUGAAGUUUUCAAGAAGGGUCUAACUAAUUAUUUGAAUGGAAAAGCUUAUCAAAGCGCCGAGCAAAAUUAUUUGUGGUCUGCUUUGACUUCACAAGCUCACGAAGACAAAGUACUUGAACCAAGCGUAAGCGUUAAAGAAAUAAUGGAUACAUGGACCCUGCAAACCGGCUUUCCUGUAAUUACUGUCACACGUAAUUACAAUAACAAUAGUGCUUCGCUGACACAGGAACGUUUUCUGCUUCGUAAUAGCGGCACGACGAUCACGACUGAGUCUAAGGAACCAUUAUGGUGGGUACCUAUCACUUAUACGAGCGAGAAGCAAUUAAACUUCAAUAACACUCAACCCGCGAAAUGGAUGAAAGCGGAACGCUCAAUCAUUCUUAACGAUUUGGAUGUAAGCUCGUCUCAGUGGAUACUUUUCAACAUCGAAGAAACUGGAUACUAUAGAGUGAAUUAUGACAGAGCAAACUGGCAGAUGAUAAUUAAACAAUUGAAUAAACAGAAUUUCAAAGUUAUUUCGACAAUUAACCGAGCGCAGUUGAUCGAUGACGCUCUCAACUUGGCUAGAGCUGGCAAGCUCGACUACACUAUCGCUUUCGACGUUACAUCUUACUUGGCUCACGAAAUCGAGUACUUGCCUUGGAAAGCAGCUUUCAAUGCUAUGGAUUAUCUCAACGAUAUGUUAAUCAAGACACAAGGUUACGACAAAUUCAGGUUAUACAUAUUAAAAUUGCUCGACAAUGUAUAUAAGCAAGUCGGCUUCAUUGACCAAGCGGGAGAUCCCCAACUGACAGUCUUCACUCGAAUUGACGUUCUGAAUUGGGCGUGCGAUUUCGACCAUGAGGAUUGCGUUAUGAACGCUGUGCAACAAUUCAAAAAUUGGCGCAACACUCCGAAUCCGGACGUUAACAAUCCAAUUUCGCCAAAUUUGAAGAGCGUAGUCUAUUGCACGGCCAUUCGAGUGGGUGGACAGAGCGAAUGGGAAUUCGCGUGGCAGCGAUACCGAGGAACCAACGUAGGAUCGGAGAAGGAUCUGCUUCUGCAGGCAUUAGCCUGCACAAGAGAGAUAUGGCUGUUGAAUCGAUUCUUAGAUUGGGCCGUGACGGAAAAUUCGGGAAUCAGAAAGCAGGAUGCUACCCGAGUCUUCGGAUCUGUCGCCAACAACAUUGUCGGGCAGCCACUCACAUUUGAUUACUUCAGAAACAGAUGGGCCCACCUCAGGGAAUAUUUUGGAACGUCGCUGUCAACUGUCAAUAACAUCGUAAAGUCAGCCACAAGAGGAAUAAGUACGAGAUAUGAAUUAAAAGACUUGGUAGAGUUUGCAAAAGAACACCUGGAUGAACUUGGUACCGCAACGCGAACCAUACAGCAAGCGAUAGAGCGAGCGGAAUCCAACAUACGAUGGAUCGACAACAAUCACGUGACAAUUCGCGAUUGGUUGCAGAGGAACACCGCGUAAUCAUCCGAUAGAAAUUUAUUCGGUUCUCCCUCACGGCGUCGAAUCAUCGUGAAUGCAACAUACAUGAGUAUUGAUUUUUCAUUGAAUUUGUCGUAUAGCGUCAAAAUGGCGCGCGAAAAUUGGUCUGUAUACGGUAAACUGUAAAUGAGACACGAGAAAAUUGCAAAAUAGUUUACCGUUGAAUCGUACGAGAGUAUUAUGUGUUUUUGUAUGUAUUUGUAAAUAUACGGCCAGCAUCAUUGCGAUAUUUAUAAUGCAGAGCGCGAAAUGACGCUCACAGUGUUUCGUGUUCAUAUUCCUGAUUACGCCGCUAGAUUACAGGAGUAUAUUUUAAAUACGGGAAAAGUGAUAAUGUAUUAACUCUUUUACGAUAGAUUUCGGAUUACAGUUGCUGCGCCUAUUACUCUAAGUCUGAAGAACUUUAUAACCGUGAAUUCAUCGUGGAUACCAAAGGAUUAAAAAAGAGGAUUCGUGUUCGAAGUAACAAUGAAUAUUGUGAGAGAUAGCGGACUUGUCGCGAAAUUCUCAGUUCUAAAGUUGUAUGUUUCCUAGACUUUGAACAAACAUUGCUGGAAAUCAGUUUAUAAUUAUGCGAUAAAUAGAUGAUUGUCUAUUAGAAAAUAAUUAAUAAUUGAUACAAAUACUUAUCUAUAAUUAAUAGGGGUCGCGUUUUUAGCAACCGUUAUGAAACAUUGAAUAUAAUAUAUGUUGAAAAUAACUAUAGAUAUUUUUAAUCGCUCAUCAAUAAAGACAAUAAAGAUAUUUAUAUGUAUUAUGUCACAAAUAUACGUAUGUUAAAAGAUUUUGCUUAAAAAUUAAAUAUUGUCUACAGUAUGAGUCAAUGCUUCACAUGUUCUAUAGAAUAUCAAAGAAUCCUCUAUUCUUAAUACAUGAAUAUCCGCUACAUAAUCAAUUGCUAACAGUUUUGCGAUGAGAGUUCAUUAUUCAUUAAAGAUUUGCAGUGCGGCUAUUAUGCGAUUGUAUUUUAUAACAGAAAAUACUAUCACCUGGAAAAUACUGCUUUAUUUUGAAAAUAUUGAUAUACAUCGUAUAGAUAUAAUAAAAUUGUAUUGAUUUUUUUUAUAAA